AGAGGGAAGGCUGGGAAGCCGCAUCCCACAGAUAGAGGGUGCUGCGAUGUUGCGAAUUAGAGCUCCCUUCCCCAGACCCUGCUUUGGGUGCGUUUGGAGGAGGGUGUGCACAGGAAGAAAAAGCGAAAGAUUAGAAAGAGAAGCGAAGAGAGAAGAAAACCAGACAUGAACUAGGGAGAGAAGAUCGUAACUCCAAAGUCCAGUUCGUGAAAGUUUGCAGAAAGGAAGAACUGCUUUUUCCAGAUGUGGUACCUUAUCUUCUUCUCUCUCCCUGCCUGGGCUGAUGCGGCCUCCAUGUAUGGAGAGAUCUUGUCACCCAAUUAUCCUCAACUGUAUCCCAAUGAUGUGAAGGAAUCUUGGGAAAUCCAGGUCCCUCCGGGAUAUGGUAUUCACCUUUAUUUCACGCAUCUGGAUCUUGAACCAUCACAGAACUGCGAAUACGACUUUGUGAAGAUCCUGUCUGGUGACCAUGUUGAAGGCGUGCUUUGUGGGCAGAAGAAACCUCGUGCCCCUGGCUCCUCGAUUGUGGAGGAAUUUCACGUCCCUUACAACACCCUCACUUUGAGCUUCCAAUCAGACUUUUCCAAUGAGGAGCGCUUCACUGGUUUUGCAGCCUACUAUGUUGCAGUAGACUUGGAUGAGUGCACGGAUUUUGUGGAGGAGCCUUGCAGUCAUUACUGUAAUAAUUACAUUGGAGGUUACUUCUGUACCUGUCCACCAGAUUAUUUCCUCUAUGAGGAUAACAGAACUUGUGGAGUGAACUGCAGUGGAAAUGUCUUCACUGAGCUCUCAGGGGAGAUUGCCAGCCCCAACUAUCCCAACCAGUACCCAGAGAACUCACGGUGUGAGUACCGAGUGGCUCUGAGUCCUGGCUACUUCGUGGUGCUGACCAUACGCAGCGGGGACUUCGACGUGGAACCAGCCAACUCAAAUGGGACUUGCCUCGACAGCUUAACACUUGUCUCUGGAAAACAACAUUUUGGUCCCUAUUGUGGCAGCAAAUUCCCAGGUCCUCCUGAAAUCAAAAUUAGGAACAACAUCCUUGACAUAAUCUUCCAGACAGACCAUGCUGUACAGCACAAAGGCUGGAAAAUACGCUACUAUGGGGAUCCUGUAACCUGUCCUCUGAGUGUCAUCCCCAACUCUGUUCUUGACCCAAAGAAGGACAGGUAUAUCUUAAAGGACAAUGUGAAGGUGACCUGUGUGGAAGGCUAUGAAAUUGUGAGGCAACGAGAUAGCAUCACAAGUUUUCACUCCAGCUGUCAGGACAAUGGUGAAUGGAGCAACUCCCAUUUGAGCUGUGUUCCUGUGAACUGUGGUGAUCCCCCUCCUGUUGACAACGCCCAAGCCUUAUAUGUCUCCGAACUCCAUGAGCCUCUCUACAAAGCUGCUGUCCGGUAUCAGUGUGAUGCACCUUACUAUACCCUAGAAAACAAAGGGGAUGUGGUGUAUCAGUGCUCAGCCAGUGGAGAAUGGGUCAAUGAAGAGAUGGGAACAAAGCUACCGAAAUGUGCCCCAGGUACUACCAAGAACUGUGUGUAUAUAUGUGUGGCCUGUGAAGACCACUGCUUCUUUCAUCCCUGUGUUUUUAAACUGUUGAGCCUGAAAAGGAGGCAGCAUGACUAG